GCCGCGCUCACCCGUGCCUGCCGUCCCGGCGUGCGCCCCGCGCGGGUGCCUGUGCCGCCGCCCUCCAGCCCCGCCGUCGAGUCGCCCCCGCCUCGCCCGCACCAUGAUCGCCGCGGCUUUCCUCGUCUUGCUGAGACCCUACAGCAUCCAAUGUGCCCUCUUCCUCUUGUUGCUUCUGCUGGGCACCAUCGCCACCAUCGUCUUCUUCUGCUGCUGGCACCGCAAGCUCCAGAAAGGGAGGCAUCCGAUGAAAUCGUCUUCUCGGGUCGUUCGAGAAGCCGAGAUGCUGUUUUGAGAUCGCACCACUUUCGUUCUGAGGGAUUCAGAGCAAGCCCUCGGCAUAUUAGAAGACGAGUUGCAGCAGCCGCAGCUGCCCGUCUGGAGGAAGUGAAGCCCGUAGUGGAAGUUCACCAUCAGAGUGAGCAAGAAACUUCAGUGAGGAAACGAAGAAUCAAGAAGAGCAGCCGAGUCCAGCCAGAAUUUUAUCACUCUGUUCAAGGUGCUUCAAUCAGGAGGCCUAGUUCCGGGAACGCGUCCUAUCGCUGCUCUAUGUCUUCCUCUGCGGAUUUUUCCGACGAGGAUGAUUUCAGCCAGAAAUCUGGCUCCGCAUCCCCAGCUCCGGGAGACACCUUACCCUGGAAUUUGCCUAAACAUGAGAGGUCGAAAAGGAAGAUUCAAGGGGGCUCAGUGCUGGACCCUGCCGAGAGGGCAGUGCUUCGGAUAGCAGGGGCACUGAGCUACGCAGAUUUAACUCAAGAAGAUUCACGGUUUUCGGCCCGCCGUGGAGCCCAGCAGCAGAUGCGCCUGCGGGCUCUGGGGGGCAGAAGGGAGGGACCGCGCCGGCUGGUUCUCGGCAGCCUCGGGGCGGCCGGGCGCUCAGGCGCAGGCGCGGCCCGGCUGUCAGGCGCUGAUGCGCGGGGCCACCUGCAGAGGCCUCACCCUGUUCCCGGGAUGUCCCCUAGACGCGGACCCCCGUGCCCUCCUUGCCCUGUGCUGUCACAGAGUGACCUGAAUCCUCCCAUGCCAAAAAAAUGGGUAGAAGAAAGUAUUUCCAACGCUCCUCCCGAUCAUCCGUUACCGAGGGAGAGCCGCUGGCCCCUCAGCAGGGGCUUGCGCACGGCGUGGAGCGAUCUGCGGCUUUGUUUCUCAGGCACCUGUUGUGGAUCCCAAAUAGAAACGUCGCCCUUGGGGAUUCGGGACCGGGCAGCCAGUGUCCGGGGGUGGGCGUGUUUGGCUGCACGGUCCACCCGGGUGGGCGGGCCUGGGGAGGGGGCCCGGGGCUCUCUGGCUCUGCCUGGGAGGGAGGGGCUGAGCGGCGCCGGGGACUGA